GACUACGACAAUCGGACGCCGUUGCACGUCGCGGCGAGCGAGGGGUCGUUUGCGGUGGCGGACUGGUUAGUAAAAUCUGGAGUGACGAUCAAUCCAGUCGAUAGAUGGGGGUCGACGCCGUUAGAAAGCGCGGUCUACGGUAAUCACAGCGACUUGGUGAAGAUGCUCGCGAAGAACGGCGCCAAGAUCAAAGACAGGGUCAGUGGCACGUUUGUGCCGCUGGAGGAGUCGCAUCUUUCCGGGGUGUUCCAUACGCAGCUCCCGGCGGAUACGAUGGCGUGGGAAAUUCCCGAUGGUGAGUUCUCAAACGUCGCGGAAAUCGGCGCCGGCGCGUUCGGUGUCGUGUACAGCGGCUUGUGGCGAGGCACGCGCGUGUGCUUGAAGCAGUUGCACAAGCACCUCAACGCGGACGAAGUCGCGCAGGCGGAAUUUAGAUUGGAACUGAAGAUAAUGCAGCAGCUGCAUCAUCCGCACAUCGUGCAAUUUCUGGGCACCACCGUCUCCGACGACGGGUUGACUUCCAUAGUGAGCGAAUACAUGUCGGGUGGAAGCUUGGAGACGCUCUUCAGAAACGACGAAAUCUUUCCGCUGAAGCUAUCGACGAAGAUGGCGCUCGAUUGCGCGAGAGGAAUGGCGUACCUUCACGGUCGCUCGCCUCUUCCCGUGAUUCAUCGUGAUUUGAAGCCGGGAAACUUGAUGUUGACCGCGAAUAGAACGCUCAAGAUUGGUGAUUUCGGCCUCUCCAAGACGUUGUCGGUGCGCAACAAGCUUCCGCAAGAAAUGUCGCAAGCGUUUAACAUGACGGGCGAGACCGGAUCGUACCGAUACAUGGCCCCAGAAGUUUUCCGCCACGAGUUCUACGGUCCAGCCGUAGACGUGUACGCGGCAUCGAUGAUUUACUACCAGCUCUUCAGUUUCCAACAACCAUUCGCCGGUCGAAAUCCCGUCGACGCGUGCAGGGCGGCGAGCCUGGAGAACCUGCGGCCGCCCAUUCGUGAGGGUUACAUGCCCCCCGAGCUCGCCGCCCUCGUCGCUCGCAUGUGGGAUCCUUUGGUGAAAAAGCGUCCGAGUUUCUUGGAAAUCAUCGCUGAAUUAGAA